CAAGAAGCUGCGCAGCCGCGCGUCCGACUACGGCCAGGACUCGGCGCAGGCCCACCGUGUCGGCGAGCAGCACCACGAGCAGCAGGAGGGCGCCGUCGACCCGCAGCUCGUCCUCCCCGACACGGGCGUCGACUCGGGCGACUCGGGCGACGAGACGAGCGACGACGAGAAGAACACGUGGACGCGGCAGCUCGCCGAGACGGCCGUCAGCGUGCGCGAGAUGAGCAGGCAGCUCGGUCGCGCACGCGUCGUGUCGCACAUCCAGUCGGUCAUGAUCGUCACCAAAGCGCGCGACAACCAGCUCACGCGUGUCACGCGCGAGCUCGCCCUGUGGCUCAUGAAGACGCCCCGAGACGGAAAGGACCGCGGCCUCAUCGUCUACGUCGACUCGCAGCUCCAAAAGUCGAAGCGCUUCGACGCCCCCGGCCUGCAGCGCGAGAACCCCGAGCUGUUCCGCCCUCUGCCGCACCGCCGUUACUCGCGCACCUCGUCGUCCGCCUCUCUCGCGACCGACGCGCAGCCACGGCGCGACGGCAUGCACACGCCGGGCGCCGGGCGCGGCGGCGGCGCCCUCACGCCGUUGACGAUGACCAACCUGAGCGAGGCGCUCCUCAAGCGCAACAGCUCGAUCUCGUCGUCGAGCGGCGAGGCCCAUGCGGCCAAGCGCAACGUUCACGACCCGGACGAGGGCCAGCUGCGCUACUGGACCAACGAGAUGUGCCGCAAGAGUCCGCACCUGUUCGACUUUGUCGUGACGCUCGGCGGCGACGGCACCAUCCUGUACACGUCGUGGCUCUUCCAGCAGGUCGUGCCGCCCGUCAUCCCGUUCGCGCUCGGCUCGCUCGGGUUCCUCACCAACUUCGACAUCGCCAACUUCCGCGAGACGCUCAACGCGGCCAUCGACACGGGCGUGCGCGUCAACCUGCGCAUGCGCUUUACGUGCACCGUGUACCGCGCCGUGACGGACGACGGCACGUGCAAGCGGCGCGCGGUCCGCAGCGGCAAGACGGGCGGCAUCUUCAUGAAGAGCCUCACGCGCGAGGGCUGGGACGCCAUCGAGAGCGGCAAGCCGCUCGGCACGCCCGGCGGGCGCGACAAGGAGAUCAAGUGCUUCUCGACCCGAGCGGUCGAGAGCUUCGAGGUGCUCAACGACCUCGUCGUCGACCGUGGCCCGAGCCCGUACGUCUCGCAGCUCGAGCUGUUCGGCGACGAGCACCACAUGACGACGGUCCAGGCCGACGGCCUGACCGUCUCGACCCCGACCGGCUCGACCGCCUACUCGCUGUCCGCCGGCGGCUCCCUCGUCCACCCCGAGAUCCCCGCCAUCCUCAUCACGCCCAUCUGCCCGCACACCCUCUCGUUCCGCCCGAUGCUCCUCCCCGACAGCAUGGAGCUGCGCAUAUGCGUCCCGUACAACUCGCGCAGCACGGCGUGGGCCAGUUUCGACGGGCGAGGGCGAGUCGAGCUUCGUCAGGGCGACCACAUCAAGGUGACGGCGUCGCCGUACCCGUUCCCGACCGUGUGCGCCGACAAGCAGUCGACCGACUGGUUCCACUCGAUUGCCCGCACGCUCAAGUGGAACGAGCGCCAGCGCCAGAAGAGCUUUGUCAUCCUCGAGGAGGGCCGCAAGAAGCCUCGCUCGUCGUCGAGCGGGCCUGUCAAGCCGGACAAGGCGGGCCCGUCCGCCGCGGCGGCAGUCGACUCGGCGCCGAGGAGGAAGCAGACGUCGUUCGCGCCCGAUCCUGUCCAGGCGCCAGCAGCUGUCGCCGAGGACGAGGAGGACGAUGACGAGGAGGAGGAGGAGGAGGAGGACGAUGAGGGCGACGACACCGAGGAGGAGUACGACAUCGACGACGUGUCGGAGAGCACGACGAACGCGUCGUCGCCCUCGCUCGUCGCCUCGGAUGCCCCGCCGCACGGCCACCACCGCAACCACACGGCGUCCUCAUCCUCGUCGUCCAACCUCCCUCCCCUCAUCCACGGCCACGCCGAGCCGUCGGGCUCGCCCGCGCUCGUCUCGCACUCGCAGGCGACGGGCCACCCGAUCUCGGCGCAAGACCUCGUCGACAUGUCGUCCAACGCGUCGUCCAUCUCGGUCGACAUCCAGGACGACCCGACUGAGCGGUACGCGACGCAGCCGCCGCGCGCUCGUGGGCGGUCGAGGAGCAGGGGCAGGACGGCGCUCAAGGACGCGAGGCGGGCGAGCAAGGGGGCGCAGGAGAGCGACGCGGACCAGAGCGAGGACCGGGCGUUUGCCGUCGUCGGGCACGACGAGGACGACGAGGACGACUCGUCGCAGCAGAGCGUUUCGGACCAGGAGUAGCAUGUCGCAUAGUCGCUUGUCAUUGUACUUGUUCCCCUUU